AUGUCGUCCCUCCCAUCUACAAUGAAGGCAGUCUCGUUCUCCAAAAUCGGCGGACCUGAUGUCCUUGAAUAUACCGAGUCCCAACCACUACCCAAACUCGAGGACGGCCAGAUCCUGGUGAAAAAUAACUUUGCCGGCGUCAACUACAUUGAUACCUACUUCCGCUCUGGCUUGUACCCCGCAUCCUAUCCCCUGAUUCCUGGUCAAGAGGCAGCUGGAACAGUGGCAAAGAUUCAAGGAGACAGCUCACUAGGAUUUAAAGAGGGUGAUCGGGUGGUUUGGAUAAAGCAAGGGGGUUAUGCCGAGUACACGGCUGUGCCAGCUGAUCGAGCGAUUAAAAUUCCGGAAGGUGUAUCGGAUGAAGAUGCGGUCGGCGGUUUCCUCAUGGGCAUGACGGCUCUCUCGCUCGUCAAAGAAUCAUAUCCAGUCAAGAAAGGCGAAACAAUCCUGGUCCACGCUGCUGCGGGAGGGAUGGGGCUGCUCCUCUGUCAAAUCCUGAGAGAUAUGGGCUGCACCGUGAUUGGCACGGCCGGUGGCCCCGAGAAGUGUGCACUUGCUAAGGAGAAUGGUGCAACGCAUGUGAUUGAUUACAAGGCCACAAGCGGACCCAGUUGGGUCGAGCAAGUGUUGAAGUUGACGAAUGGAGAGGGCGUGGACUGCACAUUUGACGGAGUGGGCAAAGACACCUAUGAAGGCAGCAUGGAAGUCGCAAAGAGAAAGAGUAAAGUUGUGUACUACGGUAACGCAUCGGGCGCCAUUCCUCCCAUCAACAUCGCUCGCCUGACGGCGAAGAAUCUCUCCAUCAUGCGUUCCACUCUGAUGAACAAUAUCGUUACGCGCCAGGAACUCGAGUUCUACGCAAAUGGCGUGCUGGAUCUUAUCAAAUCAGGCAAACUCAAGAUCAAAAUCCACAAGGUGUAUCCGCUCAGCGAGGCCAAGCAGGCGCACAUUGACUUGGAGGGACGGAAGACGACCGGCAAGUUGUUGUUGAAGUGUUAA